UCGACGUAUCAACGUUCCCGUAUAUACAAACAUACAAUAAUACCUUCUACAGAAGAUUGAACGCGUAAACUUUUAAUUCGAUCAGUUUCAACUCGGUUUCUGUGGGAAUAAAAGGCGAUGAAAGAUUUUGACGAAUGUUCGUCCGCUCGGUUUCGCGAGUUUCUCCAGAACCGCGAGCGCGUUCAUUGCUAUACAUUGGUCGGUAGGCCGGCCAGAUCAACGAUGGCGGAGGAGAGCGCGGAGUACGCGAAGGGGAUGCUGGGAUUGCUGCGAGGGCUAUUAGCGGUUCAUCGACAAGUAGUGAACGAGUCGGUCGACUCUCAGGGAAGGAGGGGAAUAAGAAGAAUGUCAGUUCGGUAAAGGGAGAAGAGACACGCGAUCUUGUGAAAUGAUUCAAUUCGCCAAGACUUUCGAAAAUCAUCGCAGGAAAGAUUGUCGGGAUCGAGAUAGUUCGGGUUGAUGUUAUCAACCAUGGAAGAGAAACACCGAUGAUUAAUGAAGAUACAUCUACUAUUUUUUUAUAGUUCGAGUGGAUAAUAUCAUAUAAUUUAUUUAGAUUUUAAAUAG